UACUGAUUGAUAUUUGACAUAUAAAUAUCAUUUUUAGAUACUGCCAUCUCGCAAGCGAAAUUAUUUCAACAAAGUCGAGCUUUUUAUCCAAAAAUGGCGGCGAACUUCUCUCCACCGGUGGCGAGCUGCGAGAAACAGCAAGUCCCAGAAUGGAUUCCUCCUCAGACGACGAAGGAGAAGCUAGAGUGGGCGGAUUUGAGAACGAUUGAAUUGUCGCUUCUUGAUUCUCCUGAUCCGGAAGUGGUGAAGAAAUUGGUUGAAACAACAAAAUCUGCUAUUAAAGAGGAUGGGUUUUUGUUUCUAACGAACUAUGGAGUUUCGCUUGAGCAGCUUCAUCGUCAGUUUAGCUUGGCACAGUAUCUGCAUCAAAAUAUAUCGCAGGAGGACAAGGAGCGAUUGUUGUGGGAUCCGUCAACGGGUGUCUUUGCAGGUUUCAAGCCAAGAUUUGGUUGGAAGAGAGAGAAAGGUAACUAUGAUGGAAUCGAACACUUCAACUUUUACUCUCCAGAAUUCGAGGACAUUGAGAGGGUACCGAAUUGCAUACAUCCAUUCAUGGACGAGAUCACCGCUUUCUGUGAUUAUCUGAUGAAAUCGGUCAACAGACGUUUAUUGAAACUGCUGUCAAUGGUACUGGAACUUCCAGACGACUAUCUAUGGGACAACGUCCAAUCUCACGACGGUGUUGUCGGCGAUGGAUACUUCAGACAUGCCUUGUACUAUCCUCUCGAAGGUCAGCACAAAGCAUCUCGGAAGGGAGUCAGGAUGUACGGACAUACCGACUACGGUACAACGACAUUACUUUUCUCUGUCCCAGUUACGGCUUUGCAGAUCUGGAAAGAGGAUAGGUGGAAAUUCGUUCCUUACAAACCUGGAGCACUUGUCAUCAAUCUGGGACAAACCUUGGAAGUCAUCUCUGGGGGGCAUUUCAAGGCAACGCUUCACAAGGUAUCUGAGCCACCAGCAGAUCAGCAGCAUGAACAGCGUCUCUCAUUGGUCUUCUUCAAUGGAUCGAAAGGAGAUAUGCGCUUGAAGCCUGUCACUGAAUCACCUCUCAUACAGCGGGAAGGAUUCGUGUUGAAGCAAGGAAUCUUCAUGCAGUUCCAAAGACUAAUGGAUGCUGGAAUCCCUGUACCGACUAACAAGGAAUGGAGAGAAGCUCAAAUCAGCACUCGUGUGCAAGCCGCACCAGAAGAGAAGCUUGCUGGCGUCAAAGAUAUUAAUGGGACAAAGUACGGAGAGGACAUCAUUCUUGGUGUCCCAAUUCUUGUUCCUGUAUAAUGUCCUUGGAUGAUGCAGGUGCUUCGGGCUUUGCCAAUGUAUUGAAAACUGCAGAUGGCAUUAGCCCGAAAUUUGAUAACAAGCUGAAAUACCACUUUCUUACUUAAUACCAAUCAAG